GGCGGCGAAGAGGUUGUGUUGUAUUCGGGUAGGCGGUAAUUCCAUGCAAAACAACGAUAUAUUAAUGAACAACGAUUCAAAAACAGUUACUGCUAGGUGCCCAGAUAGUUUACUAGAUGUUAGUGCUAAAGUGGUGGCUUUACAUAUCCCAUUCCAGAGAAUUGAAGAAAGAUAUGACCGCAUACCUGAGCCUGUUCAGAGACGGAUAAUUUAUUGGUCUUUUCCUCGGAACGAGAAGAAUAUUUGUAUGUAUUCAUCGCUUUCAAGUGAAAGUAGUGGUUGUACGGACCUUCAGAAAUUGCCUUUUUAUCGUGGAUUACGAUUAUACGAAACUGGAUGUGUUGAAAAUGUUCUGCAAGUGGGUUUCCACUUGAGUGGGUUUGUGGUGACUCCCAAAACGUCUAGUAGUACAACCUCAGGUUAUUCCUCAGAACCAGAAAAAAGACACAGGGUCUCCAUCACCUUUGACAGAUGCAAAAUUACAUCUGUCUCUUGUACAUGCGACAUAAACGACAUCUUCUGGUGUCAACAUGUUGUUGCCCUUGUAAUUUAUCGAAUGAGAAGAGCGGCACAUGUUAAAUUACGUGUUCCCAUCUCAGAAACGCUACUCCAGUUAGAUCGACAGCAACUUCAGAAGCUAGUGCAGUACCUCGUUGCUGAACAUCAUACAGAAGUCCUUCCAACAGCUCAGCGGUUAGCUGAUGACAUUCUAAAGACACAGUCAGUUAUUAAUUCCAUCCCCGGAGCACCAGAUCCCACAGCUGGAGCCUCAGCUGAUGAGGAGCAUAGUUGGCAUUUGGAUGAAGAACAGGUAACAGAACAGGUUCACAACUACCUAUCUCAGGGAGGCUACUACAGUGCUAACAAGCAACUAAAUGCACUGUUUACCAAAGUCAAGGAGAUGUUGCGGGCCAGAGACUCAAAUGGUGCCAGAAUGUUGAGACUAAUCACAGAGCAGUUUUUGGCUGAUCCCCGAUUAGUAAUCUGGAGAGCCCAAGGGACCCCGAUGAUGGACAAGUGUCGUCAGCUGUGGGAUCAACUAGGUGCAUUAUGGGUUUGUGUGGUUCUUAGCCCACAUUCAAACCAUAUUGACAAGCAGCAGUGGCGUACUCUAUUAGAAAAGUGGGCAAACACUCAAGUAUGUCCACUCGAGGAUGCAGAUUUUCGCCCACCAGGAAGCAGCACGCAAGCAAGGAGACCUCUUGAAGACGAUAGUUCCUCCGAUUCCUCAGAUGACGACUCAAAUGAAUUACCUCAGGGUGAACGUCCCGUUGCUCCCACCGCCACCACCACCACCACCACUACUACACAACCCCAACCUCGCACAAUAUUUCAUCGAGCCCUGGAGGCCAGCCAUCUUCAAUGGGACGACCCACACCUAAAGUAUAUUCUAGCACAUGAUGGUGUCUCUCAGUGCACAGAACCCUCUUCAUCUGCAUCUUUCAAUUGCCAGGGUUAUCCAUUAUGGCAUGAACAUAUCCCAACAGCCUGUGCUAGGGUGGAAGCUCUGCGUUCUCAUGGGUGCCAGAAGGAAGCCCUGCGGCUAGCUGUAGCCAUCGUUAGGACAAUGAAGCGGCAGCAACGAGAAUGGCAAUGUCUCUGGCAAGCUGAACAGGAUCGUGGAGCAGUACAGCCAUCAGUCUCGGGAACAUCUACUGUUAAACCAACUCAUUCCAACUCAGAAGGAUGGGUGGGACAUCCACUGGACCCCAUCGGCUCCCUUUUCGACACUUUAGCAGAAGCUUCACUAAUUCCUGAUUGUAAAGGAUGUCUUGACCAUUUUUAUGACUUCAUGACCACAACCAACCAAGAGGAGUCUGGCUGCUCGGGUCGAGAACGUCCACGCUACCACCACAUGGUGGUUCCAGGGAGUCGAGACCACUGUGAGAGCUACCUUUCUCUGGCUGUGGAAGCUGCUCUGAUUGGGUUAGGACAACAGAGACUUAUGCCCUCAGGUGUUUAUGCUCAGGAAAAGGCAUGCAAGCAGGAAGAACGUCUCAUUACCAAACUGCAGGACAUUGAACUCGACGGUACCCUAGUAGCUGUGCUCAGAAAACAGGCCAUGCUGCUACUUGAAGGAGGACCAUUCAGUGGUCUGGGCUGCAGGAUUCACACUGAAAGCGUGCCAAUGCACACUUUUGCCAGAUAUCUUUUCACAGCACUUCUGCCUUACGACCCUGAUCUUGCAUACAGUGUAGGACUGAGAGCCAUGAGACUUCCUAUCUUGGAAGAGCAAGAAGAACAGGAUGAACCAGGAUCAGGCAUUGGAUUAAACACUGCUGUUCUUGCCCACUAUCCUCGAUGGUUCACAUUAGGACAUAUUGAAGCUCAACAGUGUUCUCUCGCAUCAACUAUGCUUUCUGCUGCUAAAG